AUAAUAGUAAUCAUUCACAAAUCAAAACCAAAAAUACCUAAAAUUACUCUCAAAUCAAAUUUAUAUGUCUUCUUUCAAAAUGAUCUUUCAACCACUCUCACUACUUCUUUUCUUAACUCUACUCGUUAGUUCCGUUACUUCCGGCCGUUUUCUCUACGACUUUGACCCUGUCCCGUCAUCUGCAACUACGCCAUUGGAUACUGACUCAGUUGGCUUCAGCAAAGCCGUGAUUGAAGUCGUGGAAAAUCUGGCCGUCAGUGGAAGUCUGUUAGCUAGCCUUUCUUUGGCUACUUCCAUGGCGAAACUAGCACAAGAGAUGAAUCCUGAAGGUUCACGAUACAAGCUUCUACUCUCAUGUCCUUCUGGCCUCUCUCCGUCUCAGGUCUCGGUGGAUUUCUCGAAAUCGCAUGAUCGGAUUCUUCAUCCUGAUCCUGAUCUCGAAGACUCUAUUUCGCAGGUUUGGGAGCAGAGAACACAGAGAAAUUCAUCAUUGUUCAAUGGCCAAAAAUUUAGGUAUGGAUCAUAUUGUUUAGAUGGUGAUGAUGGUGGUGCCAAUGAAGUGCCACACGUUUGUCUUCGUCUUGGCCUGACUGAUUACAGGACUUUUGUUGGCACAAAUUUGAGUUCUCUGUGGGAGAAGUUCCUUGUUACAUCAGAAGAUGACUCCGUAAGAUGUCGACAUACCUCAAGUCCAUUGGGAAAUGGUGCAGUUAUCGAAACUUCUGACAAGAAGAUUAUUGUGUUACGCCGGAGUAAUAAUGUCGGGGAAUUUCCAGGUCACUACGUAUUCCCUGGGGGCCAUCCAGAGCCAACAGCAGUAGGUAUUGAUUGUCAUCAGCUUGAACACGAUGUUCAAACCAGCGAGCUUUUAAACAAGAAGGUAAGUCAAGAAAUGUUUGACAGCAUUAUCUGUGAAGUUGUCGAAGAAACUGGAAUACCAGCAUCAUCACUUAGCCCGCCUCUCUUCAUCGGUAUAUCUCGUAGGGAGUUAAAUGUAAGACCAGCUAUGUUUUUCUAUCUCAAGUGUAGUCAUCAUUCAGAUGACAUUCCAAGAUUAUACUCUAGCGCUGAAGAUGGGUUCGAGUCAACACAGCUCCACACUGUCUCAUUGGAUGAGCUGAAGAUGAUGACAUCGAGAAUGCCUGGUUGCCAUCAUGGUGGAUUCGCUCUCUACGAACUGAUGCUUCAACGCCUCAAGAACACUAAGGAAACGUCUUUAAUAGCAACAUAAGAGGAAGAUACUUAAAACUUUACACCUAGUGGUGUUAUGGUUUGCUAAUGAUCAUGUCAUUUUCGAGUAAAUUUUAUUAUAAUUA